ACCCACAAUUCGAGUAUCCUUUCAUAUUAACUACGGAUGCAUCCGGUUUUGCUCUGGGUGCUGUACUUUCACAAAUACAAGACAAUGUUGAAAGACCAAUCGCAUUUGCCUCCCGAACACUUUCAGACACAGAAUCUAGAUAUGCGACUAAUGAAAAAGAAGCACUAGCCAUUAUUUGGGCAGUGAACAAAUUCAAGCCAUAUUUAUAUGGUCAGAAAUUCACUCUCAUAACCGACCAUAAACCCUUAAUAUUCAUCAAAUCCUCAGACAAAAAUUCCAAAAUCUUACGGUGGCGCUUAGAUUUAGAAAACUACGACUACGAAAUUAAAUACAGAGAAGGAAAGUCCAACGUUGUAGCGGACGCUUUGAGCAGGAUGGCAAUCGAAACAAACGUUAACAUAACAAGUAAUAAUGCAACUUCCAAUUUUUCAGAUCCCGACAACCAAGGGGACGGUGCAUCGAUUAUGAAUAACGCCCCGCAGUCAAACUACCCCGAUAACCUCCCUAAUUCCUCCGAUUCACAAACAGUUCACUCCGCCGACGAUUCCUCCAACUAUUUUAUUCACUUCUCCGAACGCCCACUAAAUUAUUUCCGCAACCAGAUAAUCUUCAGAAUUUCAAGGUUGGAUACCGUCAUUCAAGAAACAUUAUUUCAAAACUACCACAGGACAAUCGUAUCACAACCUUCCUUCAGCAAAGAUCAAAUAACCCACUUCCUAAAAAUCUUCCACAACGGGAAACAAACAGCCCUUAUGGCCCCGGAGAACCUCAUACAAACUAUUCAGGAAUCUUUCAAAGAAAAUUUCAGUCAAAAGGGACACUUUGUAUUUACUGACAGAAUGGUAGAAGAUGACCAAAAUGAAAACAGACAAGAUCAAAUAAUAGUAAAAGAACACGAGAGGGCACAUCGUGGUAUCUCGGAAGUGGAAGCACAAAUUAAAAGAUCGUAUUUCUUCCCCAACAUGUGCAUAAAAAUUCGAAAGUUUAUAAACUCCUGCGAAAUAUGUAACACGCACAAGUACGAGAGGAAACCAUUUAAUAUAAAGGUAUCCCCAAGACCAAUCACUGAAAAACCGUUAGAAAGAGUCCACAUGGACAUAUUCAUUAUAGAUAAACAUUGCUUUUUAUCUUUAAUCGAUUCGUUUUCAAAACAUUUGCAAAUGAUUUUUCUUAAAUCAAAAAAUUUAAUACAUGUUCAGAAAGCAUUGGGAAAAUACAUCAGUAACUUCGGAGUGCCUAAACAAAUCAUAACGGACCAUGAAACUACUUUUAGGUCUAUCCAACUUAAAGAUUUUCUCGCUCAAUUAGGAACACUAAUAGAUUACGCAGCAUCAUCUGAGUCUAAUACCAGGGACAGACAUACAGCUGUACUUGCGUUGUACGUGUACAGCGUUGUACAGGUACCAUCGUAGCAUGACAGACAUACUUUGGUUGUACAUUGCACCGCAUGUCAAAUUGACAAUCAGAAAUUCGACCCAUUUUCACCUCAUGUUUCAAUGAAAAAGUUUUUUAUUUAGCGUCUGAACUAUCAAACACAACAAACAAGUUUCCAAUCUGAGUUAUUAACUCAAGAGAAAGUUAAUGAAAAUAAUAUUUACCAAGUGUUUUGAUUCAGUUUGUUCAUGCUACCCACCACUAACCGUUUGUGGCGCUGUGCACCGUACAACUGUAGUCAUGUACAACGGUGAAACAGGUCGGUACAGAUACAACGAUAGGGCGCUUGCAGCGUGCAUAUGUAUUAGUAGUCUGUUGGGCAGGCAAAAGUGACAGCUGCAUAUGAUUAACAUGGAUCGACAAGACGUAAAAGCCAGAUACGCAGAAAAAAUUAAAAAAUUCUGUUUUGGUUACGACCCGUAUCAAUGGAUGCAGCAUGAAUAUUCAAAAAGUGCCUUACCAAAAAAUGUGACUUAUUACGACCUAGUGGAAUAUCUUGUAAAUCGCGAAAGUCCGUAUACCCGGAAAUGCUUUAAGGCCUUCAAGAGCUUGGACGCAUACAAAAAUUUCAAGGCGGGAUGGGUACAAUUUUUAGGUUCCAGAUACGUCGAUUCUGGUUUUUGUAUUGUGUUUGCUCAGGUGAAGCAUUCCCAAAAAUUUAACCUAAAGCCUACAUCUACCUGGGUGUCGGUAGAUCCCACAGGAACAGUUCAAACUGCACAUUGCAAUUGUAUGGCAGGAUUAGGUGAAGUGUGUUCUCAUGUAGGCUCUGUGCUUUUUGCUCUCGAGUGCUGGUCCCGUAAAGAAGUAAAUGAAAAUGAACCUUCGUGUACAGAUAUACUUAAUCGGUGGUUGGUUCCACCGAAAAAAGCGGUUAAUUGUGGCGAAAUUAAAGACAUAUUCAGCCAGAAAGAUCAACCAGUUUCCAGAUAUGAUUUCCAGAUACCCGAAUGCCCUGCGAAAGAGUUGAAUGUAUUUAUACGUAAAUUGAUCGAUAACGGAGAAAAUCCAUCAGUUGGCCAAUUUAUGGAAAAUACAAGAAAGCAUUCGAAUGUGAACUCGAGCCUUUGUGACAUUGAUCUUUAUCCGAAUAUGUUAAAAAUCCUUUUCUGCCAAUUUUUUGAUCCAAAUUUAAGAGGAAAGUCGCUCAACGAGCUUCGCGAAAUAGGGAAUAUUGAGAAAAAACCAUUUUUCGGAGCAUCACCGGAUGCAAUCGCCGUUUGUGAUUGUUGUGGAGAGGUUUCUGUGGAAAUCAAGUGCCCUCAUUGCCUGCGAGACGGUAAAACAAUAAAAGAAUAUGUGACUAGGCCAGAUAGUCCUAUUCAAAUUACGGAAACAGGAUAUAAAAUGAACCACAAUCAUCAGUACUUCUAUCAAGUGCAAAUGCAGAUGUAUAUACUUAAUGUUAAGUUUUGCGACUUUGUUGUUUGGACAAACAAGGAAUUGGUCAUACUGCGAGUGGACCGAGACGACACAUUUUUGAAGAAAGAGUUGAUAAAAGCCGAAAGUUUCUUCAGAUUGGUUAUUAUGCCUGAACUUUUAGGCCAAUACUAUACAGGAGGGUAUUUUAAAGAUAGAUUGUGA